AUGGCAACUGAGGCAGAGACCUCAAAUACGGAAAUACAAGGAAGAAGGAACAGUCGGGAGAAAACCCAGCAGCUGGAGCAGAGACCUCAGUUUGUAAGCAUCCAGAAGGGAGAAAAUUUCACUACCUACUGCAACUUCACAAGUAUUUUCCCUGCUUUUCAGUGGUACAGGCAGAAGCCUGGAGAAGGUCCUGUCCUCUUGAUGGUGUUAACUAAGGGUAGCGAAGUGAAAAGACAGAAGAGACUGACAGCUCGGUUUGGUGAAGCAAGAAUGGACAGCUCCUUGCACAUCACUGCAGCACAGCCUGAGGACAUGGGCCUCUACCUCUGUGCGGGGAGCACAGUGCUCUCAGGGCACCUGCCACUUGUACCCAAACCAUGCUGUGGGCCCCUGUCCCACUGCUGCCUUGUUGCUCCAGCUCUCCUCUCAGUUCUUGGCAAGGACAGUGGCCACAAUCUCACCUCCUUAGAAAGCCAUUCUACUGCCAUUCCUAAAUACACAGGAGAACAAGAGCCCUCUGAAAAAAAGAAAACUUCCAGAAAUAUAGAAAUAAUACUUGAGUAUUUGCACUUAUGGAGUGGCACAGUGGCUACAACAGUUGGCUCAGACACUGCAGUGACUGUGGGCAUGGCACAGGGCCAGGAAGUUAAGCAAAAUCCUCCAAUCUUGAAGAUUCAGGAAGGAGACAUGUCCAUUUUGAGCUGUGAUUACAAUAAUAAUUUGUUUGAUUACUUUUUAUGGUACAAACAAUACCCUACUAAAGGCCCCACAUUACUGAUAACUGUCCGUUCAUUUACGGGUAAUGAUGAAGAAGGAAGAUUCACAGUCUUCCUCAACAAAACUGCCAAACACCUCUCUCUGCACAUCGCAUCUUCCCAGCCUGGAGACUCAGCCACCUACUUCUGUGCAGCAAGUGCACAGUGCUCUGCAGGCACCUGCAGCCUGUACCCAAACCUGCAGCUGGAGUCCAAACCAACCCAUGGUAUUACGAGUGAUGCUAAAGCUACACAACCAAAUUCAAUGGACAGUAUUGAAGGAAAAACUGUAAACUUGCCUUGUAACCACUCUACAAUCAGUGGAAAUGAGUAUAUCUAUUGGUAUCGACAGAUUCUCCACCGAGGUCCAGAGUACGUGAUUCAUGGAUUAAAUGGCAAUGUGACAAAUCAAAUGGCUUUUCUGAUCAUCCCAACCGGCAGAAAGUCCAGCACCUUGAUUCUGCCCCAUGUUACUGUGAGAGACACAGCUAUGUAUUACUGCAUUGUGAGAGACACACAGUGGCUCUCAUGGGACUACACCUGUACAGUAUCUCCUUGGUGGAGGAAGGGAAGCAGCAGCCGUCUAAGAAGAUAA